AGAUAAUCUAACGUACGACGUGAUGAUGUCAGAUCAUUGACAAAAGUCGUAAGUCGACACAACUGUCGCAGUGUGGCAUCAUGGCGUCCCGUAGCCGCUGUCCGUCUCUGAGCAGGAUACUAUUUGCUGCGAAGCAUGUCCCACUCCAGUCUAGACUGUGCACGCUUCAUGGCAGGACGCAGUACUCUACUGUGUACAACCCUAAUGAGAAGACCUUUGAUAAGAUCUUGGUGGCAAACAGAGGAGAGAUUGCUUGCAGGGUGAUGAAAACUUGUAAGAAGAUGGGUAUCCGUACAGUAGCAGUUCACAGUGAUGUUGACUCCAGUGCUGUCCAUGUGAAGAUGGCAGAUGAGGCUAUAUGUGUUGGUCCUGCCCCUACUAGUAAAAGUUAUCUGAACAUGGAUGCUAUUAUGGAAGCUAUUAGAACCACAGGAGCACAAGCAGUUCAUCCUGGAUAUGGAUUCCUCUCUGAAAACAAAGAGUUUGCAAAAAGACUCGCGGCAGAGGGUGUCACUUUUAUUGGCCCAGACACGCAUGCUAUUCAGGCGAUGGGGGACAAAAUAGAGAGUAAGCUGAUUGCAAAAGCAGCCAAAGUGAACACUAUUCCAGGCUUUGAUGGAGUAGUUGAGACUGCAGAGGAUGCUGUCAAAAUUGCUCAGAGUAUUGGUUAUCCAGUGAUGAUCAAAGCAUCAGCCGGUGGAGGAGGUAAAGGGAUGAGGAUUGCCUGGAAUGAUGACGAGACCAGAGAAGGCUUUCGCUUCUCAUCUCAGGAGGCUGCAUCCAGCUUUGGAGAUGAUAGACUCCUUAUAGAGAAGUACAUUGACAACCCUCGGCACAUUGAGAUACAGGUGCUGGCAGACAAACAUGGAAAUGCACUGUGGCUGAACGAGAGGGAGUGUUCUAUUCAGAGGAGGAACCAGAAAGUGGUCGAGGAGGCUCCCAGUACCUUUCUGGACCCUCAAACCCGUAAAGCAAUGGGGGAGCAGGCUGUGCAGUUGGCCAAAGCAGUGAAGUACUCCUCUGCAGGGACCGUGGAGUUCUUGGUGGACUCCAGCAAAAACUUCUACUUCUUAGAGAUGAAUACUCGUCUACAGGUGGAGCACCCCAUCACCGAGUGCAUUACUGGUUUGGACUUGGUGGAGCAGAUGAUCCGUGUGGCCAAAGGUUUCCAGCUCCAUCACAAACAGGAGGAUAUCCCUAUUAACGGAUGGGCCAUUGAGAGCCGUGUUUACGCAGAGGAUCCAUAUAAGUCUUUUGGAUUGCCAUCAAUUGGGCGCUUGUCUCAAUACCAAGAACCACUCAACCUCAGCAAUGUGCGUGUUGACAGUGGCAUUCAGGAGGGCAGUGACAUCAGCAUCUACUAUGACCCAAUGAUAUCCAAGCUGGUGACAUAUGGUGCAACCCGAGCGGAAGCCUUGGCAAAGAUGGAGGAUGCCCUGGACAACUAUGUGAUCAGAGGUCAUUUAUUCGCUCAUAAAUGUGGUUAGACUUGUCAUUGUAGGUAAUGGUAGCUAAUGGUAGGCCUGUCACUGUAAAAUAUUUUGAUAUUGCUUCAACAAUUGAUAUAUUGCUGAAGAAAUUAUAGACUAUUAACGAAGAUAUUAAAACCAAUUUAUGCCACUGAUGCAAUAACCUAAGAGCAGAUUUAAACCACAAAAACUACUAUUAUUGAAGAGUGCUAUCACUCAAGUUUAAGGACUGUAUAGGUGUUAGCUCGGAUUGUGAUAUUCGCCCUGGAGUGCCGGUAAGGACACAGGAGACAGUUUGCAGAUGGUGUAUUUAGGAGGUUUAAUGAAGCUCAGGCAACAUCGCAGAACAUUAUUGGUUGUAUGUGUGGUCUAUAAAGAAAAAGAAUAAACAAAUUAAGUUACCGUAUUACAGUAAUAAAGUAAAAGGUGUACAAGUGUACUACUAAGUAUAUAACAAACAUAAACAGCAAACAUGGAUGGGCUAAAUAAAAAGCACACAAUAAAGACAUAACUAUAAGGAACAUACACGGCACGACACACGAAAAUAGCAUUAGCGGCUAAGAUACUCUAAGCUCCCUUAUAAACAUAACUACACAGGUAUUAUAGGAAUAUGAACACAUCCCGACACGCGUAAAACAAUAACAAAGGACUUGUAAAAUGUCCAUAUAGCUCCGAAUACCAUAAACUUACUUUUUGUCAACAACGCACAACUUUAGCUG